UUGAUGCUUACAUUAAUACUGACUUAAGUAUUCUUUACUUACUAGUAUAAAACUGAAGUUUAGUACUCCACCUUCUUAGUUUUUUGUUCUCUUUGCCAUUAGCUGUAAAUAAAAUAUUUUACACAAGAUGAAAUCAGUAUUCGUUAUUGUAUUCUUCGCUUGUUUUGGUAUUAUAUUAUCAGCAAAACUUCCAACUCCAGCACCAAGUCCAACACCAGAACCAGAUGACUUAGUCUGUGGAGUUUGUUUUAUGAUUGGGAAUAUCAUGGAAGCUUUCAAGAAAGAAGAUAUUCCUAAGGAAACAGCAACAUCGCAAAAGACUUUUGUUUGUGAAGUAGUGUUUGCAACUGAAGAAACAAGGCAACUAUGCUUGGACUCAUAUCUAGAGGAGGUUGAUUCCUUUUAUGACGAAGUUGACACUGACACAGUAAUGGACAAAUGCAUCCAAUUGAAAAAGUGUCCAGCUAGUGGAAGUUAUUAACGCUAUUAUUUUUCUAAAUAAAAAUAUAUUGUUAUUCUAAAUAAAAAGUGCUGAUGCUAAUAGAACAUAAAUGCAUUUUAUAACAAAAAAUAAACCAAUCUGAAACACAAA